UGUGGCGGCGGCGGCGGCGGCGGCGGCUGCUGGGGCUUGGCUCUGGUGGUGAAUGGAGUGAUAGAGGCGGCAGGAAGGAGAAGGAGGCCGGAGGAGGCGGAGCUCGCCUCUUUUUGCGCGCAGUCAGGCUUUCGUUGCCGGCAGUGGUGGAGGAAGACGACCUCGGAGGCCCGCCGGGCUUCGGUCGGGGUCGGGAGGGUCAACGACUGGCGGGGGGGGAGGCUGGAGGAAGAAGAUGCUGCUCUUCAUGGAGGGGAUGGUACUAAAACUACUCCUUGAUGCUAGAGAGACUCCAGAAGGCUAGACUCUGGAAAUUCAACUUCCUUAUUCUCUGGCUUGUGCUUCUCUGUGGCAAGAUGCAGGUAACCUCGAAAGGUGCCAGCUUAAAUCCUAAUGCAAAGGUAUGGCAAGAAGGCAUGCAGGGAAACCCAGAAGCUGCAGCAGUAACUAAUGGCACUGAGCAAUCAUGGCAAGAGGCAGCAGCUGUGCAGGGUAAUUGUACAGAAGGCAAUACUGAGGCUGCAGAGGAUUGUACUAAACAAUAUGAAGCAAUGUAUUCAUCUUGUGAAUUGUCAAGAAACAGUUCAUGUGCUGAGGAAUCAGCUGCUAAUGGUCUGGUCUUAGCACAUGAGGAACUUGGAUAUCCACUCUAUGAUGUUUCGGGUGAAGGCAACCCUGUCAUUUCUACAGAAGAUUUAAAAGAAUGCUUGAAGAAACAAUUAGAGUUCUGUUUCUCACGUGAGAAUCUAUCCAAGGAUCUUUACUUGAUGUCUCAGAUGGACAGUGAUCAAUUUAUUCCAAUAUGGACUAUUGCCAAUAUGGAAGGAAUUAAGAAACUGACAACCAAUAUGGAUCUUAUUGUGGAAGUACUAAGAGCUUCUCCUAUAGUCCAAGUGGAUGAGCAAGGAGAGAAAGUUAGACCAAAUCAUAAGCGUUGCAUUAUUAUCCUUCGUGAGAUCCCUGAAACCACACCAGUAGAGGAGGUAAAAGCACUGUUUAAGAAUGAAAGCUGCCCCAAAGUUAUAAGUUGUGAAUUUGCUCACAAUAACAACUGGUACAUUACAUUCCAGUCAGAUACUGACGCGCAGCAGGCUUUUAAAUAUUUACGGGAAGAAGUAAAAACCUUUCAGGGCAAGCCAAUAAUGGCCAGGAUAAAAGCCAUCAACACAUUUUUUGCAAAGAAUGGUUACCGGGGAGUGGAUUCCAGCGUUUAUGUUCAACCUGUUCAAACACAAGCACAGUUUGCCUCACCACUGUUCAUGCAGCCUAUAUACAGUCCUCAACAGUACUCCAUCUAUAGUAUUGUGCCUCAGACAUGGUCUCCAAACCCUGCACCUUAUUUUGAAACACCAUUGGCUCCGUUUCCGAAUGGUGGAUUUCUGAAUGGCUUCAGUUCACCAGGUUCAUACAAGACAAAUACUGCAGCAUUGAGUAUAGGUCGCCCAUUCCAUAGAAAUCGUGUGAAGGCUCAUUUCCGGUUGUCAAAUAGUUCAGAACGCUCAUCAGAAGGACCCGCCACACUCAGUGCUGUUUCACUAGGUGAUGGACACUUGCAUAGAACCACUUUACGAAAUUUUCAGCCAGAGCGACAAGCAAGUACACUAUCAGGACAUCAAGAGCCCAGCUACACACAGAAGGAGUCUCAAAUUACUCAUGUAGAACAAAAUGGUGAUUAUGGCAUGGGAAGAGGCAGAAGAAACAUUUUCAGAGGUCGGAGGAGACGGGAUGAUGAAAGGCUAUCACGCCCUCAGGCUUCAGUUGAAACCAAGACUUUGACGCCAAAGUUUGACUUGCUAGCCUCAAACUUCCCUCCGUUGCCGGGCAGCAUGAUUAAAACACAAGGAGAUCCUGUUCUGGAGAAUAGGAUGUCAGAUAUAGUUAAAGGAAUAAGCAAAGAAAAGGAAAACAAAGAUUUGACAGUUAGUUGUCUAACAUCCACUCAGGAAGAGCAGGGCCAAAGUGUUGUUCAGUCUGUCACGAAUGCCAGUUCUCCCUAUGGGAUUGAUCUUCCUGGAUUAAGUGCCACUCAGCAAGAGAAGAAACUAGAAGAGGUUCAUGUGCACAAGGAGGCUGCAAGUCAGACUUCUCCACCUUCAUCUGUAUGCCCCCCCAGUACUGUAAAAUCACCAAGGACAAAUACCACUUCAUCCACAACCAAUGCAAACACAAUGCCUGUUGUAAUGAUACAGGAACCCCGGAAGCUCAGUUAUGCUGAGGUCUGUCAGAAACCUCCAAAAGAAGUACCGUCUCUUCCUGCUCAGCCACUUAGGGAGCUGCGCUCUAAUGUAACCUCUCCUGCCAAAACAGAAGAAAAUGGCACCCAUGAGAAGGCUGGAGAGAAGGCACAUGAAAAGUCUGAAGGACGGAUGAAUGACUUGGCUGUUUUCAGAGGCAAUGGGCCUCCCAAAGGAGCUGCAGGAAAAAUCAGGGAACAGAGGCGCCAGUGUGGACGUAGGUCUUCUCCUCAGGGAGCGCCUCGGCGAGUUGGCAAGGAACAGUAUAUGCCACCGCGAUCACCAAAGGAAAAUUGAUCAAACUUUUUAUUUAAUCAGAACUGUGAACUAAAGAGCAGUAGAGGAGAAACUGGCCAGCUCAAGAGAAAUAUAAAUAUAGGGAAAGUGGACAAUAAAUUCAAGAGCACAGGGUUUGCAAUGUGAGAGAGCUUAAAGGGAUCCCAAUAUUCAUCUCGAAGUGAUACAAAAUGCUGGAGAAAUAGAAUCAAUAUAAAUAUGAUAAAGAUUAUAAUUUUUGUAACUUUCUGUUUUUAAUUUCCUGUUUGAAUUAGAUUUUUGCAUUAAGAACUAGCUUAUUAAAGAUGAGGAACAAAUACACAUAUUAGCAUGUUUCUUACUUGAAGAGGGGGCAAAUAUUUUUUUUGGAAAAAACUGUAAAAGUUAUAAAUUACUUCUAAAAAUCUAUUUAAGGUAUGGCUUGUAAGAUGACAUGUAUGCCAUUAAUGGCCUUGCAUUACAAUUUAGCCCCAAAACUAACAUGCUUGGUCAGUAUGAAUGAGUGUAGCCAUAUUACCUGUUAUGUCAUGAUUUUGUCACUGAUAAUAAUUGAUUGUACUACUGUAGAAUUUUGUGUUUUGGAAAUAAUAGUCUUUGACUUAACUAAUUUUGGUCAGCUUAUAAAACUAUGAUUUUAUUCUGGAGUAUGCAAACAGCAAGAUUAGUAAACAAGAAAUAGUGGGCAAGAUUUUAAUUUGUUCCAGUAUUUUUUCUAAUUAGGGAUAGCAUUGUUUUAUUUUUUCCUCUGCUUCAAUAUUUUUUCUUAUCCUUUAUUACAGAAUUAAGCACAUCUAGCUGGAAUGUAGUUAUUCUGACACUAAUGCAGAACUAAAAAUAGGGAAUGUGAAAUUGCAUAAUAAACAUUACAUUGGUGCAUUGAAUUGAGAUUUUCAGCUCUUUAAUAUUCUCAAUUCUCUGGAACAGGGGUGUCAAACUGUCGGCUUGCGGGUCGGAUGCGCAGGCCACACCCACCCCGGCUCCGCAAAAGCAAAAAACCAUCACAAUACGUCAUGUGAUGCGAUCCAGUUUGACACCCGUACUCUAGAAAGAGGCAAGACAAGUUUGGGGGUCUGACUUCACUUUAACAAAUAGAGGGGCCUCGCUGGGGCCAUUCUUUGAUAUACUGAAAACACUUUUUCUACUUGGAGGAAUUUCAAACUAUACCAGAAAUCAGGUUUUAUUUAAUGGAGAGACUAAAAACAAGGAUUCAUAAGUUUCCUUGUUUGAUGGAGCUGAUAAGUGAAAAUUAACUUACUUUGGAGAAUAUUGGCAAGAAUAUUAGGAUAGAUUUAUGUUAAUUAGAAUAACCUUGUGCAACAAGCAGUGUGGUUUACAAGCUGAUAAUUAUAGAACUUAAGAAAAGAACUAGGACAAUUACAACAGGCUAAUCUUGCAAAAUCAGCAUGCUAGAGUUCAAAGUUCUGUAUUAAAGUAUUAGGGGAAAGUAUAUUGGAUUCUUUAGUUGGUAGCAAAAUAUACAAAUUUAAAGACAUUAGUUGUAAACACUGGAAAACUCAGUUGUGAGAUACCACCAUGCAUUUUUAGAUUGUGUAUGUUAGUGAUAAUUUUAAAAUGUCAGUGGCAGAUAAAUAAUUAACUGUGAAAAUGGUAAUCUUCUGAUUUGUCUUAGCCAGAAAAGUUUCAGCAGUUUCUUAUUCUGUAGGCAUUCUCUAUCAAUGGCUUUGAGAACACGCAUAUCAUUCAUAUAUAUAUAUAUAUAUAUAUAUAUAUAUAUAUAUAUAUAUAUAUAUUCAGAUUUGUCAUUUCUCUAACUUAUUCAGCUUGGCAAUCACUUUUUUUAUUAGAUUGAGAAAUAUAAAUGUACUUAGGCAGUUGAUAUUCUUUUUCUGUGCAUGUUAUUAAUCAUUUCUCAUUUUGAAGUAACUGCUGGCCUUGGCAGUUUUUACAUUAAAGCAAAUAAUUGAUCACGUCUCUUAAGUACAAACCCACUUUGGUUUACUCAUAAUGCUAUUUUUGCUGGAUAUGACACAAAAGGUGAAGUACUUAAAAUGUUAGGAAUUCUGAAAAAUGUAUAAAUACUUCAUUUUAAAAGACCCAUAAUUCUGAUUAUUGCACUUGAAAUGGAAAAAAGGUUGAACUGCUAUACUGUGGUUAUUUUUAGGAUAGAUAAAGCACUGUGUCAUUGCAAACUAAAGAUGGAUUUGAAUUAACAGUUGCUAGGAAUUAUUUAAAAAUGCUUCCUCUUCAAGAAGAAUGCAAUUCUGUGGGAAGAUGCUACUUUAAAAGUUACUUGGCAAUGCAAGGAUGUGAAAUCUAACUCUGUUUGGAAUGGAAUCUAGUAUUCAAAGACAGAUCAACAAAAUGUAACUCUUUUCGUUACUGGAUAUUGAAGCAAAUAUAGCUCACAGACAUUUUCUUGUGAGGGAAAAAAUUGAUUGAGGGAAAGGAUGUGUUGUACAUCCUGAAGCUUAUAUCUGUGCAUGUGUGCUUUCCCCACACAAGUGGCUCUUGUGCAAUGUAUGUGUAAAGUGUGUAAAAGCAGCUUUUCCAAUGUCAGAUUAAUACCUUGGAGGGAUUUCUAAAACUGAAGUGUUUGAUAAGCGUUUCCUCAGUUAACAUCUACUCCAUUCUCAUCCAAUAUCCCUUUGUAUUUUGUUACAAUAAAUACCUAAAUCUGUAAAGUUAGAUAGAAUGAUGAAGUAAAAAAAAAAAAAAAGAAGAACCAUAUGCUAUGUGCUGUUAACUUGCAAUUACAUUUGAGUGACAAAGGUAUCUGGGCUAAUCAUUAUUCUUCAUUCUCAAAAAGUGUAUUGGAUUUUCAUCAGUCUUCCCAUAUUACUUUAGAAAUGAGACACAAUAGGUUUUUAGAUUCAAUGUCAGGGCAAUUUUACUAUCUUGCUGUAAGGAUGUGCAAUAUUGGUAGUGUUUGUUUUCUGCAUAGCUGUGCAUUAAAUGUAAAUGAGCAAAUCAUCGUUAAAACUGAGUUGAUAUAUUGACCAACUUGUAAAUCAUUAUCUUCUGUCUCAGCAAUGGUUGAAUGUAAAUGACAUUGCCGGUAUGAUUUAUGUUGGUAAAUGUAAUAAAAAGAGCAUUUUCAUUGUAAAUAUUGGAGCAACAGAGAUGUAGCUGAUAUUUCAUUUCAUAGAGCAUCAAUGCCAAAACUAUAAACUAAGAGAACAGUUGUAUUUCCCUUUUAAUAAGUCAUAAUUGGACGUACAUGCCUUUUACCCUUAAACUUUUGAUGAAAUAUAAUAAUAUGCAAGAUGAUAAAGAUCACAAUGACCUUUGUUUCCUGAACUUAUGAAAGGAGAUCUUCAUUAGCAGGAAAUUUUGAGUUUUUACACAUUCUUUAGUUUUAGUCAAUAAUUCUGAGCCAAGGUAUUGUACUUCUCUAAAAGGGAAAAGAAGAUUCUCUAUGUGUGAAAUUUGUAUUUCUAUUUGUUAUCUCUUCUUUUUUUUUCCAAAAUAGCUUGGGAAGUUGUGAUGCUCUUUUAACAGAUUAAAAUUGAAAUCUUAUUGACCUGAAGAUAUGGGAAAAUCAGUAGCAAUUAAGUGACUUAAGCAAUGCUUUACUAUAAUUUAAAUAGCUAUGGCCUUAUUACUUCGUCAGUAUCAGCUAAAUGUCUGAAUAUAUCCACUAUUUUUAUUGUCAUUGAGUGAACAUUCACUUCGGUAAAAAUUCCUGCUACAUGUGUACAGAUUAUUUUAAAUUUAUAAAAUGCAACAUUGUAUACUGAUAAAAUGCAACAGAAAUGCACUUCGGGGUGGGGAUUGCUUAAACUUUUGUAAACUAUUGAUUACAAGAAAUAUGCAAUAGGUUUUUCUUUUAACUUUUGAUAUUUUCUUCUGAAACAUAAGAUCACCAUCAGUUGUAAUGAUCUAUCAUGCUCUUGUGUGUAUGUGAGAGAUAAUCUAUUAUAUAGUGUUGGCUUUCUUUAGGAUGGUACCUCUGAUUCCCCCCUCCCCCGGAUAUUUUUUUUUUUGUUGUUGUUGUUCUUUGGAUGAAGGUUAUUUGCAUCUUCAGCCCUGGACUCUUGAAGAGAUGGGAAUGAGUGUAUUAAUGUAGACUUAAGAUUUAGUAUAGGAAUUAAUCAGCCUCUGAACUAACCUGUUAACAACUUCAACACUUUUAUUUAAUGACUUUUUUUAAAAAAAAUCAGUUAUGGAUAAAAUUUCCCUCAAAGAAAUUUCAAAUAUAAGUGUUGGUGUGCAAGUGGCUUCUGUUUUAAUAAAACAAACUAAUUAGCUAUAUCGUUCCCCCCAAAAUUUUGACUUCUGUGACACAUCUAGUCUCACUUAUCAGAGUGAUAGCUUCAUAUAUAUCUCAAUUAUUUGGCUUAUCUAUUAUCAGUUUGGUUUAUUCCUGUUGUCAAAGCUGUCUAAUCCAAGAAAUUGUGUAAAGUAGGUUCAUGCUUAAUUGUUAAGAUUAUACAUGUAUUUGUAUUUGUUUUUGACAUUGCCAAGGUGCUAUGGGAAAUUGAAAUAACAGUUAGAAGGAAAUAAUAAAAGCCACCUUAAAAAAAA